AGACAGAAGAUCGCAUCACUUCCACAGGAAGUGCAGGACGUUUCUCUUCUAGAGAAGAUCACAGAUAAACAGGCGGCAGAUAAGCUGUCGAAGACGGUGGACGAGGCUUGUUUGCUGCUGGCCGAGUAUAACGGACGUCUGGCCGCGGAGUUAGAGGACCGCAGACAGCUGGCCCGUAUGCUGACAGAAUACAUCCAGAGCCAGAAGGAGGCGCUCAACGAGAGGGAGAAGAAACUGGAGGAAUACAAGCAGAAACUCGCUCGUGUCACACAAGUGCGGAAGGAGCUCAAGUCGCACAUCCAGAGUCUUCCGGAUCUGUCUCUCCUACCGAACGUCACCGGCGGUCUCGCCCCCCUCCCGUCUGCCGGAGAUCUCUUUUCCACUGACUGAACGCCUCUAUAAGACUCAAAGUCCUCUAAGACACUGGUUCCUCCUGACUCACAAACACCAGAGGAGAGCAGAGCGACUGAUCAAGAUCCUUCGCCCACUUUUGUAUUUCAGUAGUUCUCAUACCAGCCAACAAGGUUCCCAAACCUCACAGAGAUCAAACCCACCAGUCCAUCCGUCGUUAAAUCGGACUCAAAGUGUGGAGAUUUUGUUUUGGUGUGACUUUGCUGUGGAAAGCAACCCUUUUUUGCUUUGUCUUAUUCCUGUAGGGUUUUAGUUUUAUUGCUCCAAGUACAAUUUUGCUUCAUUUUGGUUUUGGAAGAGACUAAACAUGAGGAUUCGAUUUUAAACACCUGUAGACUGAGUUCAUGAUAUCGAGAGAAAUUAAUUAGGAAACUCAUGCUCAUCAUAAACUGAUAUAUUUUGGUUACAAACCUGAUCUGUUUUUCUUCAAAUGAUUAUUUUGCUGAUAAAACUCAACAGAUGUGCUGAUAUUUGUCAAAACAAUACAGUGUGAUCCCAUUUUCUUCUCUAGUCACUGUAUGUUUACAGUGUCUCUCAUUAAAUAUGACCGAACACACUCACAACAAAAUGCUUUUUGAUAUGAGU